AUGACGCUCUCACUCCCAAAGAUCGGGAUCCUCUCCAUCGGAGACAUGGGGAUGGGCAUCGCCAAAUUACUCGUCUCGAAAGGCUUCUCAGUCGCCACGAACGGUCAAGGCAGGAGCCCGGCAACAAUCGCCAGAGCCCGCAGCGCCAACGUAGAAGUCCUGAGCUCCGACGUUCAUCUCGUUGAAUCGCGACCCUACUUCCUCUCGGUCGCACCACCAAGAGAUGCACUCAGCAUCGCCCGGCGCAUCAUCGACGCGACAACAGUGAUCAAACUGGAGAAGCCACUUUACUUCACCGACCUCAAUGCCGUCUCACCAGCCACCUGCAAGCAAAUGAGCCAAAUGUUCAUAGAGGCCGACAGUCCCAUUCGCUUCGUUGACGGCUGCAUCAUUGGCGGGCCGCCGAAGCUCAAACCCAACAGCGGUAACAACCCGUCAGCUGCGGAUCAAUGGUAUGUCCCUAGCAUGCCGGCGUCCGGAAAGUAUCCCCUUAGCGAAGCAUGUCCUGAGCUUGCAGAGGCGUUGAACAUGCGCCACAUAUCCCCCGAAGUCGGCGCUGCCAGCGGGUUGAAGAUGUGCUUCGCGACCACGACCAAGGGCUUCAUGGGUUUGGCAAUCCAGGCCUUCACGACAGCGUCCAAGCUUGGUGUCGUCGACGAGCUGCGCAAGGAGAUGAGGGAUGCCGCGCCGGGCUUGCUCGAUUUUGCCGAGAAGUCGGUACCGCUUGUGCCACCCAAGUCGUACCGGUGGGUGCGGGAGAUGGAGGAGAUCUCUGGCACCCACCGCGCUGAGGGCGGCUUUCAGAGCGACAAUGAUGUGUUCCUCGGCAUGGCGGAUUUAUAUCAGGCCAUGGCGGAUGAUCCCGUCUUGGGCGCGGAGAAGGUUGGGGGGAGGAAACGGGGGACGACCAUCGACGAUCUAGCUGCUGCGCUGGGGGAUGGCUUGACCGGCAAGAAGACAGAUAAGUCUGAUUGA